UACCUACCUAAACAAUUGAACAGGUAAAUUGAUUGUAUGUAGUUCCCCCGAUACAUUCCUGUACACAGUGCUGUGUCCGAGGAUAUAUGUCCGGCUGUAUAAUAACGAUAUGGAUCGAUCUGUGGACAUAUGUUGAUCAUGUGAGGUGCCCCCUUCCCGGAUCUAAAUAUUUCACACAACAUUGGAACUCCCGAAACAAGAAGUAAUGUAACUCGAUCUUCACGUGAGCAGAAAGCAUGGGAUCAGCAAUCAGCUCAGGGACAAAAGCACAGCAGCGCCCUGCAACCUCCCCAAAUGUAGGCAAGACGGUUCUGAAUGGCUCGGCACCUCCUCCAGUAGAUCGCACGCCUCGGUCUGCUUUGCCUGCUACGAAUCGGGACGACGAAGGUGGACAGAAGGGAACAAGGACCUCGGCCUCUGCUAAUGACGAUGAUCACAUAAAGAAAACUAAGUUACCUCCCCCUGUCCCAUCCACAAAGACAAAGGAUGAGGUGUAUGUCGCUGAAGACUACAGACAUGUCGAGAAUUAUGUACUUAAUGCGCCCACCGCUUUGUUGGUUGGUUCAUUCAAGGAGCUUAUCAAAUACUUGACCUCCAAUGAUAGUUGGGACGAUGUCGCCAAAGCUAGAGCAAUAUUCCGAUGGGUGACGUCAGUAAAUGUGUUUGACCUAGUGGUAGAGGAUGAACCUCCCCAACAAUGUCCUCUCGAAUACUUCCUAAAAAUUAAGAACAACUUGGGCAACCAUGCUCAUCUUGUGUCGGGCCUCUGCCAAAUGGCGGGUAUUCCAUGUGUAAUAAUAAGUGGCAUGAACAAGAGUGCCGCCUUUGAAGUUGGCGGUAAAGUGGACCGCAAAAGCAUGGGAGCUCAGUGGAAUGCCGUCUAUGUUAAAGGAGAAUGGCGAUUCAUUGAUGCAUUCUGGGCCUCCGCUUGUGUCGUAGGCAAGAAGUCCGGGGAAUGGACACUGAUUGACUCGGAUGGAAACGUCACUCAGGACGAAGAUGAAACGUCUGACGGACAAACCCAACACCGCAUCAACGAGUUUUACUUCCUACCAAAUCCAAACCAGUUUAUUUGGACUCAUUUUCCUGACGAAGUCCAGUGGCAGUUGCUAGAAAAACCAGUCACGUCAAAGGAAUUUGAAACUCAUGUGUACAUAAGAGAACGUUUCUACUAUCUUGGAAUGUCUUUCAACGAAGACAGCGAGCAGCAGUGCUUACUUAAUGCAAAUGAAGGAGCUGUUCAACUAGCAUUCAAUAUACCCUUCCGUGACAGCGAACACUUUCGGUACAAGUACAUGUUGUAUCAGGCCAGGUCAGGUGCUGGCGGUGACCCAAAUUCAGAUAUGGUGUUAGAUAGAUUUGUUAUGUACGAACACACAUCCGAAACUCUUCGAUUUGCCUUACGUUUUCCUAUGAAAGGGAAGUUCAAGAUGGACAUAUUCGGAUUGGAUGUUCGUGAUUCAGACAUUUUUGACCUAACAUGUACAUAUGUGAUCAACUGUACGACGCCGCAAAAGAACUGCCAACCUCUUCCUGACUGCCCGGCGAUUGGGUGGGGCCCAGGAGCUGACGCAAAGAAGGCUGGCCUGACAGCAAAGACCCACGACGGUGCUGUGAUCACAACAGAAGACGGCGUGGUUGAUAUCAAAUUGGGAUCACACAAAGAUGUACAGCUACAUCAGCUCCUCAAGAACACUAUGGUUGACGAGGCAACAUUAAGUAAGUUUGCCCUAGUUCGAGAGGAGAAUGGCGAGUUCAUAGUCAGCAUUCGUCUACCACAGACAGGCGAGUAUGCUAUAAAGCUUUAUUGUAAUGACGAGGGCGAGGACGGAGACGCAGAGAAUGUCCUCAAUUACCUGAUACAGAGUCUUAGCAGUGACAUUCAUAACAAACCCUUCCCAAAUGUCAUUGACGGUAGGCUAGGGAAGAAAAUGCUAGCAGAUAUAAUGGGAGUUAAAGCGAUGAGUCACAAAGACUCAAAGAUUGACUUAAAGGAUGGAAAAUUGAAAAUGAACUUCAUCGCCAAGAACAAUUUGGAUCUUCUUUUCGAGCUUCAUACCAUUGACAGCGAUGCAGCAAAACAUAUGAGCAUGGUUGUACGAGAGGUUAAUGGAAAAUGGACAUUUGAUUGUGAGCUACCAGUUGCUGGGGAAUAUGCUAUAAAUGUGUUCACCAGAGAGAAGAAUGGCGGCCCAAGGGUAUACAAUACACACAGUUACCUGGUAACAUCUGCCGGGCAUUCAGCUGGCAAGGAGAAAGGUGAUGACUCCAAGAGUGUGUCAAGCGACAGUGAAGACAGCAAAAUCAUCAUGGAGACAGUUCAGACGUCAGACAGUGAGGUCCUGAUACCUAUACCACAUGGAUAUGACGAGGUCCUGGCAUCGUACCAGCGACGACAUGCCAAUGAUAUUCCAAAUGAAGACGAAAUCAAGAUUGUAAAGCAAGAUUUGAUGAAAUUCUUUAGUGCAAAAAUGUUUGAAUAUGGCGAGUACAUGUUAGAUUUAUAUCAAAGAGAUUCAGGAAGUAAAGUUGUUAAACAUAUAGCAAAGUAUCAGGUGGACAGGAAACCGGCAUCAGAGUUGUUCGAGGACAAUGCUAAGCUUCUGAUGUCUAAUCUGGGCAUGACGCAAGAGGAAGAUACAGCUUCGUAUGGAGAGACAGACGAAGAGAAAAACAGACGAACGGCCAAGAAGAUGAUUCAAAGGGCUAUGGACUUAAAAGACAUCGAGUUGUUAUCACGUGGUCUCUUUGCAUAUGAAUCGACGGAUCCACAAGACAUGGACAAGGACCCACUCAUCAAAAAGGCCAAAAGAUUGCUGGAAUUACUGCAAGCCAAACAAGAUUUGAACAGCGCUUCGUCCAAGAGAGAUCUUCAAGCACUGGAGCGUGCUAUAGAGCGAGCUAAAGCCGCGAACUACGAUAAUCUGCUGGACCUCCAGAUUGCCAUGGCAUCCCGUCUUAGGGAUCAGUUGCUAAGGAUUGAAAAACUACGCCACUCUGUGCUCAGUAUGGACCAGAAGACGGUCUCUGAGAUUCGAACAUACAGCAAUCCUCCGGACGGUGUACACCAGUCCCUCAUGGCGGCAUUCCUACUGCUCGGGCAUCCAAAGAAGGACGUCAAAGUUUGGAGGAAUUGUCAGGCGGUCCUUGGUAAAACUGGGAGAGAAUCCGUGAUGAGGAAAAUUUCUCAGUUUGAUCCAAAGGAUUGUUUCCUUGAUGUUGCUCUUGCGGCUCGAAAGGCCAUAGAUCCAUACACCCUGGAAAUGAUUCGUGACGUCAGUGCCGGGGCUGCCACGUUUUAUGUCUGGUCCAAGGGAAUGAUUGAGGAGGUCGAGAACACAGGAGGGGCACAGGUUAAAGAUGGGAUGGCUGGAGGCGGGUCAAAGAAAACAAAGUCAGUACAAAACAAGAAGCGGUAAUACCACCAAAGGUCACGACGACAGUUCUAACAUGUGGAUUUACCAGUCACGUGUUGAUCACGUGUUGAUUACGUACAUAAUGACGUCAUGUAUACCCCAGCUAGUAUAUAGACAAUUCAGAUGAGGAAUCUGUUUACCCUUGCUAAAAUAUAGACAAUCAAGGUGACGGCUAAUUCCAAACAAGUUUAUUUGUCUCCAUGGAUGCUUUCUCUAUUUUUUCAAUAUCGUGCUUAUUUAUAACGCGGAUCAGCUUGGGGUAUACACACUAAUUUACUAAAUUAAAAUCACCAUAAUUUUAUAAACUUUGCAUUCAAUCCUUUCAGUGACUAUUCCGAGUUGAAUUUUAUAUCAAACAUGCUACAUGUAAACUUUUAUUCUAAAUAAAUAAACAUAUUAACUCCAAUAAAGUUUAUAUUUCAUAUCAACUCUGAAUAGUCAUAGGAGGAAACAUUGAUACGUCAUAUCUUAAAUCUGUAGAUUAUAACGGUAAAUGACGAUACUGUAGUACUUAUACGGUUUUAGGUUCAGUCACCGCCUUGAUGAGAUGAAUGUAAAGUGAUGUUUUAGUGGAUUAAGAUGUUUUAGAAGAAAUAUACUAUAAAACAUUUAACUUUUUGUUUCAUUAUAUAGUUGUUUUUAUUACAUGAUAUCAAUAAGGCGGCGGUUGCUGAUACACUUUCUUAGAAGCACAUAUGUGAUGUACAGCGUAAUGUUAUAGAUAUUGUUUGUAUAAUUUUGUAUGCAAAUAGUACAGUUUUAUUAAUGUAAUUUUGAAAUUUCCUUUUCGUGGUGUUGGUUUGAAACAUUACACCGCCGAAAUAUAGGGGAGUAUCAGAAGCCAUAUGAUUACCAAGGGUAUAUGUUAUUCUUCUUGUGAAACACGUGAGUGACUCUGUGUAAAAGGUAGAAUGCAGGCAAAGAAAACAUAAAAUAAAUUUGAAUUAAAUUAAUUAUGACGUACCAAUGUCACUAACGUUACAUAUAUAUAACUACACUUCUAUAAGCGUUUGCUUUUUCACGUUUCAUAAUUUCACAGGAUGCCUGAUUUACCAGACAAAGUAAGCAUUUUUUAAAGUUUGAUAGCCGAUACACUCUAUUGAAAUUACUUGAUUGCUGAUGCAUUCUACCUUGAGAAACUGAUGAUGUUAUUAUUGCUAUAGUAUAAAUAUAUAUUUUGUAUGUAAUUCAUGUUUUGUGAUACAACUUGAAACCAUAAUUGUAACGAUGAUACGUCGUCUGUUUUGAACUUGAUGUUUCGUGAAUAGUUGAAUCUAAUGUGAACGUCGAAAGUACAAAAAGCAAUGGCUGAACUAAAAGAGGAUCAUUCUAUGUUGUAAAUGACAUUUUAUACAUAUAUAUAUAUCUAGUUGUCAAAAUGCAGAUCAGUUGUAUUUAUUAUAUAUGUAAAUCUUUAUCAAGAAAUAACUGAAUGACAGCAUGUAUAGUGUGAAUAGUAUGAAUUCAUUCAUUACUUACUUGGCACGAUAUUUCAGUCCAUUGGGUCCCGGCCAUUUCACUUGGAGGGAUUUCAACAUAGCAGAUGCUGGGAGACCAAUGUUUAUGUCGGACAUAAUGAUGGACUUUCUACAGGACUUCGGUCCACCGAAGGAUCUGGGCUUAGAUAGACACCACGCCCUAAAACACAUGCAUUUCCGGUUUGUUCGUCCGGCAUCAGCAUUGUCACAGUACGGUAGUUUGUCAAUGUUACCAGACUCAAGAACCGGAAGUUUCCGGUCUAUGCGAUCCCUUAGGUCUCUUCGGUCAACAAGGUCAAGGUCACGAGGGAGGGUUAAAUCAGCGUCAGUAAGAUUUAGGUGAUCAUUACACGAACUGUGAAUUACUAAACGCAAAUUAGGAUACCCUCAUCUGUCAUUUAUUACACAUUUCCCCUUUGUAAUUCUAAUAAUAGUUUAGUAUGGAAGCUCUGAUUGUGUUUUAAACACGCUAUACGCGAUAAAACAUAUUCCUUGUGAUGCUAAUUGUUUCAGCAUUAUAGAAAACAAAGAAAACUGUGAUUGUUUAGAAUAAUAUUUUGUUAUGUAUACAUAUAAUUACGGUUUAUUUUUAUUGGAAUUUCACUACUAUGUAAACAAUAGAAUAAAAAAGCGACUUGUGUUAAAUUGCUGUUUUUAGUUUGUUGAAAUAAAGCUUCUUAUCCGUCCAAAAUAAAUUUUACUGUAAAUUUGACAUUGUAAAUGGUUGUCAUUUCUAUAUGCGAAAAACCCGAUAUAUUUUAGAUAUUUCUUCUGUAUUUCAUUUUAUCUGAUGUGAUCUGUUAAAAUGUUGUCUAAAUAAAGCAAUGAAAACUAUA